GUUGCCUAGCAGCAACAAUGCACUCGAUAUUUUGUAGUCAACAAAGGAGUUCCUGUGAUAUUGAUGGUUUAACUCGCCCACAACUCUGUUAACAGAACCACAGUGUUGAAGGCUGAAGCAACCAUUCCUCUCUUUCCUGGUUUCCCUUCCCCUCUCAGAUUUGCAUCUGCGGUGUCAGUCAGAGACUACAUGGCGUGGAGUGGGUAGCUACGCCUCCUCUCAAAGCUUCAGUUUCUUCCCAUGAGACAUGGAGGUUCAGAUGUCCAGUUCUUCGCUGGGCGCCAUGGGUUCCCUUCUUGGGAAGCUCUGUUCAUUGCUGGUCUCUCCAGAGGAUCAGCUGCCAGAGCCACUGCAGCUUCAGAAGGACAAGCUCGAGCUCCUCAAACAAGAUCUCGAAGAAAUAAACAAGUUCCUUGUGAAUCUGUCAUGGAUGGAGGAUCCCAACAUGAUGGUGAAGCACUGGAUGAACGAGGUGCGUGAUCUGUCAUAUGAUAUUGAGGAUUAUAUUGACAAGACGAUGCAUUCCGACCCCAAUACCAAUGAAGCGUCCAGCUCUUGGGUGGAUGAAUUAAGUAGUUUUGUGAAGAAGGCCAAGGACGCCCACGAACGACACAACAGGUAUGAUCUUGGGCGUUGGGCAUCGGAUCCUAGAUUUGUGGUCGAUGGGCAAGGCUGGAUUCCAAGGCUCAACGGGGAGGCCACAGAACUUGUUGGUAUUGGUGAUUCCAAGGCCCAACUUAUCAAGCAGCUUAACAUCGAUGUCGAGCGGAGGCUAGUGGUAUCCAUACAUGGACCUGUGGGUGUUGGUAAGACUACUCUUGCCAAAGAAGUUUACUGUCAAAUUGGAGGGCAGUUCCAGUGUCGAGCUUUUGUUCGAGCCUCAAAGAUGCCUGAUACCAGGAGGCUUCUCCGGAGCAUGAUCUUCCAAGUCCAGCGCCAUCAACGACCCCCUCAAGGUCUCACUGUGCAAGAUCUCAUUGACCACCUAAGAAAACUUCUCCAACAGAAGAGGUAUCUCAUUGUAAUUGAUGGUUUGUGGGAAACAACAUCAUGGGAUAUUGUUAGCAGUGCUUUCCCAGAGGACACACAUUGUAGCAGAGUACUAGUAACAACAGAUAUUCAGGAGGUAGCUCUAGAGUGCUGUGAUUAUCAAUCUGAUGGUAUUUUCACGAUGGAGCCGCUAAGCACAAAUGACACAAGAGAAUUGCUAUUCAACAGAGCCUUCGGCUCCAAUCAUGAAUGCUCUGAACAACUGAAGGAAGUUUCAGAAGAAGUUAUAAAAAAAUGUUGUGGUUUCCCACUAGCAACACUUUGCAUAGCUCAAGUUUUAGCAAGCGAUCCGGACAACUCUGAGCUAUGGCACCAUAUCAAGGAAUCCUUAUCUUGCGAUAUAAGAAAUAACCUUACUUCAGAAGACAUGCUGAGAGGAAUAAUAGGCCUGAGCUACAAUAGUCUUCCACAUCAUUUGAAGACAUGCCUACUAUAUUUUCAUAUGUAUCCUGAGGGGUACAUGUUCUUAAAGACUGACUUGGUGAAGCAAUGGGCUGCAGAAGGUUUUAUUGGUGCAGUAGCUGGAAAAAAUACAAGCGAAAUUGCAGAGUCUUAUUUUGACGAGCUUGUCUGCAGGGGAUUCAUUCAGCCUAACUGUAUCAAUUUCUCAGAUGGGGUGAUGUUCUAUACAGUGCACUAUACUAUCUUUGAAGUUAUCAGAUGCAAGUCCAUGGAAGGGAAUUUCAACACUGUGAUAGACUACUCUGAAAUCUCUACAAAGCUUUCUGCAAAGGUUCGUCGACUGUCUAUCAGAUUCAGUAAUGCCAAAUAUGCAACAAAACCAGAAGGCAUCACACUGUCCCCAGUGCGAUCUCUAAUCUUUUAUGGACUUGUUGAGUGUCUACCAUCCAUUACAGAGUUUGAGUCACUUCGAGUUCUACACCUUGAAUUUUGGGGUGCUCAUGGAGAUGUGUUGGACCUGAGUGGCAUCGACAGAUUGUUUCAGCUGAGGUACUUGUGGGUUUCAACUAAUGUCACUGUAAAGCUACCGACCAUGAUGACAGCACUACAAUAUUUGGAAACACUGGAAAUCUAUGCAAAAGUAACUACUGUUCCAACAGAUAUUGUAAACCUCGCAACGUUGCAGCACCUUUGUCUUUAUGGUGACAUAAAUUUGCCCGAUGGUAUUGCCCAAAUGAGAUCUCUACGUACACUUAAGUCCUUUGACCUUAGCGGUAAUUCUGAGGACAAUGUAAGAAGCCUUGGCGAGUUGAAAAACCUGCAUCAGCUUCAUCUCACCUGUUCUGUAGCCCCAUCUGACCGUCUGAAGAGAAACUUGAUAGCUUUGGUUUCUUCGCUUGGAAAACUUGGCAACCUAAAUUCUCUUGUUCUAGCUCCUGGUGGUUCAUGCACGAGCAUUUACUCGGAUUGCUCGAACAGUGUGUCUUCUGUGCCCGUUUCUCUUCAAAUACUUGAGCUGUUGCCCCCCAUUUGCAUCUUUUCAAGACUUCCCGAAUGGUUUGGACAACUCCAUAACCUGCGCAUUUUGAAAGUUGUCGUUACUGAUCUGCUGAGGGAUGAUAUUGAUGUCAUCAUCGGACUACAGGAGCUCACUAAUCUCUCGUUAUAUGUCAGGAAACGAACUAGAGAAAGCAUUAUCUUCAAAUCAGCCACAUUCCCAGUUCUCAAAUAUUUCAAAUUUAGGUGUGGCGUUCUGCAACUUGCCUUUCAGGCAAAAGCAAUGCCAAAUCUUCAGAAGCUCAAGCUAGAAUUCAAUGCCCACAGGGGAGAUCAGUAUGGUGGUAUGCUUUCUGGCAUUGAGCACCUGUUAAACCUCCGAGAAGUUGCUGCACGAAUUUUGGCUGGAGCUGGGGUCAAGGAAUCCGACAGGAUGGCUGCAGAAUCUGCCUUCAUUGACACCAUUAGCAAGAAGUCAGGGCUUCCCAUGAUCAAUAUGCAAUGGGUUGAUUCGUUCGACGAAGACUUAAGGAGGCAUCACUAUCCCUUCUCCCCUCAUUGUUCUGGAACACUUGGGCAAUGCCCAGCAUCUCCAACUUCAUGGCAAGAUGAAUCGAGAAGUUCAAGCUCACAUCAACCUCUUCCUCUUAUCCCAGGCUCUUCUUCCCAUUAUAGACAAUGGGAGAAGGGGAUGUUGCUAGGUAGUGGAACGCUUGGGCAAGUAUACGAAGGAUUCAACAGUGAAAACGGCCAAAUUUGCGUAAUUAAAGAGAUUAAGGUCAGCACUGAUGACUCUAACUCAAAAGAGUGCCUCAGGCAGCUAAAUCAGGAAAUCGUUCUGCUUAGUCAGCUGUCACAUCCAAACAUUGUGCAGUACUAUGGCAGUGUCCUGUCUAAUGAGACACUCUCGGUCUAUCUGGAGUAUGUUUCUGGGAUAUCUAUCCAUAAGAUGCUUCAAUUGGGUGGUCCACUUGGGGAGGCACUUCUUCGGAAUUACACAGCGCAAAUCCUCUCUGGCCUUGCAUACUUGCAUGGGCAUAAUACAGUACACAGCAAUAUCAAAGUGGCAAACAUACUUGUCGAUUUUAAUGGUGAUACUAUCAAACUUGCCGAUUUCGGAAUGGCAAAGCUUAUAUCACAGUACACAUCUAUGAAAUCCUUCAAAGGGAGCCCUUCCUCGAUGGCACCAGAGGUUAUUUCAAAUAGUAAUGGCUACAAAUUUUCAGUAGACCUUUGGAGCCUUGGCUGCACCAUUCUUGAGAUGGCAACAGGAAAACCUCCUUGGGGUCAGUACGAAGGGGCGGCUUCAAUAUUUAAAAUUUGUAACAGCCAAGACAUUCCUGAUAUCCCAGAUCAUCUUUCUUCAGAGGCAAAAAGCUUCCUGAAACUCUGUUUGCAGCGUGAUCCUGCUGCUCGCCCAACAGCUGCUCAGCUGAUGGAUCAUCCGUUUGCCAAGGACCAUCCUACAUCCACCGAUGGAAAUAACAUCAGGAUAUCCCAGUUUUCUGAUGUACCAGCAAGCACUUCUCAUCUAGAUGGCAUCGCCAUUGAUCCUGGUAAGACACUUGACGUGCUCCGCGAAGCGUCGCCAGAUUCGAAUCGGAAUCCCACGGCUACAGUAGACAUAACUGACCUGGAGGCCGACUUCUCGUUGCGGAUGGCAGGGGAGGGCGAGGACGAGGCCACGGGCACAACGACGACCUUCCACGUGCCGACGGCGGCGGUGGGCGAGGAGCUCAGCGCGGCGUUCCAGCCGAUCCCGUCGGACGGCUACAGCUGGCUCAAGUACGGGCUGAAGCAGGCAAAGGGAAGCGAAAACCAGCGGAGCUACUACAAGUGCAUCUUCCAGGGCUGCCUCGUCAAGAAGAAGGUGGAGAGAUCGCUGCCGGACGGCCAGAUCGUGGAAAUCGUGUACAAGAACGCGCACAACCACGCCAAGCCACACGUUUGGGCGAGGAACUCCAGCGCGCCGGCGCAGCUACUGCAGGACGGCGGCGGCGGCGACGCGUCCGAUCACACGUUUGGUGGAAUGUCGGGCGUUACCGUCGCGACGCUCGAGAAUCCCACGGUAUCGGUUGGGAACGACGACGUGGUCAGGGUGAGGUCACCGCGUAGCACCGGAUGCUCCGGAUUGGACGAGCACGAGAAGGAUCCGAAGAGAAUGAGGAAAGACAUUGACGGCGAGGGGAUCUCCAUGGCCGGCAGCCGGACGGUGCGCGAGCCGAGAGUCGUCGUCCAAACCACGAGCGACGUCGACUUCAUGGAUGACGGCUUCAGGUGGAGGAAGUACGGAAAGAAGAGCCUGCGGCUGGGAAACCCAAACCCAAGGAGCUACUACAGGUGCGCGAUGGCCGGCUGCCCGAUGCGCAAGCACGUGGAGCGCAUGUCCCACGACCAGCGCGUCGUGGUCACCACGUACAAGGGCAAGCACAACCAUGAUGCGCCGGCCCGGGGGCCCAGCAGCCUGGAUCGUCCACCGCCGGCGGUGGCCAACCAAAGCAGCGGCGGCGCUGUACAACAACAGUAUGCCCGUGGAUUCAGCGGCCAGGGCUCAGUUGGCGUUAGCAGCGCGUCGGCGCAGGGCGCCGAUGCUGGCAGUAGCUUCGAGGUAUCCACGCUCAAGGAUUAUGUUACCGGCGAUGCAGCAUUUAUCAGUGAGCUUCGGUAACGAUAAUCGGUUGAAAAUCGGUGAAAAGUCACCAAAAUCGAUUGGUAAAGAGACCUAAAUUCAGAAAAAUGAAAAUCAACUAUUUAUCGUCGAUAAUCGAUGCAAACUGAACGAUUUAUCGCUUCGCCUACUGAAAAUAUAUUUUGGCAGUGGAAAAAAAUAAAGGUUUGAUAGCAUUUAAUUUUUUA